AGUAUUGUAGCGUAGCUUUCAGCGUUUUGGGUUGUUUCGGUUCGGUCAGUUCGCGAGUGCGAGACACGAAAUCGUCGCCGACACCGACGCUUUCCGGGCGAUUCUUAGUUUAUAGAAAAACUCCGGGAGUUUCUUCUCUGCGUAACGUGCACAAGUGAUUAUCUGUUUUUGGUUUUCUUGUAUACUUGGUGUUAUUCUGGUUUUGGAGAGAGUUCAGCCUGUUACUCGAGGUUCAACUGGAAGGAGUUUAAGAACUUUUAUUUCGUUUAUAAAAUGUCAUGACUGCUAAAUCAGUACCAUGUCAUCACCACUGGACAACACAGACAUCCACAUAGACCUGAUCGAUUUCCAUGUCGGAUCCCCCGUCAUCUCUAACCCACCAAACCCGCCUCCCAUUGACAAUCUUCACCAAGUCAGCGACAGUCUCAUCGACACGGAACUACCGAUAUUCGAACAAAAACUCCAAUCGGCCACCUCCAGCUCCGUCAGCUGUCAUUCGCGCAGACCCAGCAUCGACGUCGAGGACAUACUCAUCGAUAUCGACUCAGAUGAGUAUGACAGAGACAGCAUAGAUGGCGAGGAAGUUGAAAAGGACUUUCUCGAUCUAUGCCAGGGAGGCGAGAACGGCAACGAUGCCACCUCGUUACCGGUUGAUAACUUCGAAGCUCUUUUAGUUUUGAAGAAUUUGGAUGACUUGCUUAACGCUACGUUGGAGGAAUCCGAAAAUGCUCUGGAUACUAAUAGAAAUCCAGUUGAAGACGAUGAUGGAAGUGACGAACAAUCCGAGCGAAUUAUAGUAGAUUGUUUGGAGGAUUUGGAUAACUACUUGAGAGCGAUCGAUGAUUACGACAGCGAGUCGGGCGAUUCGGUUUACUCGGUUGAGCGGUCAAGCACGAAGUGGAGUGCGAGCUUAUCCGAUCUGACAGGAAGCUGUGAUAAGUUCACGUGCAGUCAGGAAUUUAACGAGGAGCUGGCCAGGCACAAACUCCGCCAAAUGGAGGAGAACUACUCCAGAUUCGUCUCGAUGGGCGUGGUGAAUCGCGGCUACGUCAACACGGAAGACCCCGCCGCCUGCGAUUUCACGGUCGAGGGGCAGCGUUGGUGCGGAAGAAGACCGUCUUCGGCGUGUGCCGGUACGACCAGCGGACCGAGCAAGCGGAAGCGCGUGUUAAGGGCCGCCACCAUGGCCGCCACGGUCAGGAAGGAACGGCCCAGGCUGCUUAAUAGGCGGAACUCCCUUACCAACACCCGUGCCGUACUACCCGACCGCCUCCACUCCCUCUUCCGGCCGAUAGCCGCUUGCAGCGCUCCCACGUCACCGGAAACGCCAUCUCUCGACCAGGAGCGCCAAGCGGAUCGGCGCUGUACCGCUGAGCUUAGUUGUUCUUCGGCGAGUGCUCUAGAUGACGCGUCGAUGGGUAAGGAGGAUUCGAACGGUACCGGUAGGGGUACUUGGUUGAGGACGUCAAUGCGGAGGUUGCAGCAGCUGCCCUUGCCUGGGGAAGAGGGUGAGGGGAGUGGUGGUGUUGCAGGGAAUAGGCUGGAGGUUGCAGGAGGUGAUGUUAGGCCUGUUAGUGCGCCGUCUAGGUUGCCUCCCACUGGAUCAUCCGCAGGUCGAUCAUCCAGGUCGCGAUCCAGGAAUUCGGUGUCGCAAGAACCAAACGGUCGAGCCAGAAGCAGUUCUGCGUCUUCUCGGUCUAGAAGGCCCAGAAGUCUAUCUUCGAGUGUAACUAGUCUAGCUUCCAGUGUAGAGAGUACGCCAAGUUGUGCACCACCGGUGGAGGAAAGUAGAACCUCGAAUAAUGCACAAGAGGCCAGUAGCAACAAUGCAAGAAGGCCAUGUGACCGCCAACGCUCCACCGAGAUGCCCGAGUCGGACAGUCCGCUGGGCAAAUGGCCGCACAGUCUCAGCUCGAUGAUGGCCUGUCUCGGCUGCACCCUGGGCCUCUUCAACAUCUCCCGCUUCGCCAUCUUGUCCAUCCACUUCGGCGCCAACUUCAUCUUCCAGUUCAUUUUGCUGACCGUGGCUUUCGGCCUGCCACUGUUCACCCUGCAGCUCUGCCUCGGUCAGCAAUUGGGUGCGGGGGUGGUUGACAUGUGGCGGAUAUCGCCGCUGUUCCAGGGAGUGGGGGUGUCGUUGCUGAUUGCACAGGCGCUCACCGGGCUGUACAGUAUCAUAGGGGUGUCGUGGAUGUUCGUGUUCUUUAGGGAUUCGUUCAUAACGACGGUGGAUAAGUACAGAUGGGCAGAGCCGUUUGCGUAUUACAGAAAAGAAUCACAUUUAUCUCAGAAUGGGACCUAUAAAUUACAAGAAACUAUUCCGGACUACUUCAAUGGAAUCGUUUUGCAAAGAUACCAUCUGCCCACUGGAACGGCUUAUGGAACCAUCAAAUUCCAGCUGGCUUUCAACUUAGCGGUGGUCUGGAUGAUUGUUUUCGUAUCUCUUAGUAAAGGACUGAGAUCUUAUGGAAAAGUUGUCUAUGUGUUCACGCUUCUUCCAGUUUUCGGCACUUUUGUCUUAUGCGCUAAAAUUCUUGGACUGAUGCCCGCGGAGUUUGUAAAUACGAUUUUUCCCGAAACCUCGUGGAGCGAAUUUUUUCUCAAUUCACGCAGCUGGUUGGCUGCAGCACAAGAAGUUUUUCUGACUUGGGGUCUGAUGGGGGCCGCCAUAAUGCAAAUAGCAUCACACAACAAACACAAACAUUUACUACAAAGAGAUUCUAGUCUGAUAGCUGUAAUUACUAUCUCGGUUCUGCUUCUGGUGGCUUUUUUGGCCAACACUUGCGUACAAAUACUCAAAUAUUAUGGUUAUAGUUACUAUCCUAGUUCUUUUGAAAGGAUGUCUUCUUAUCAAUUUUUAAGAUCUGUAAAAGAUCCUUUACCGCCUAGUCUAUUUAACACGCCAGUUCGCUAUAUGGUUCACAAUUCUUUUAUUAUGGGAGAGAAAGUUGUCAGGCCUGGUGUUGAUAAUACUCACGAGAGUGGAUAUCAAGUACUUCGCUUAGCUACGGAACUGCUUCCAGCUACUUUCGCCGUCAUGGGAGCCGACCAAGUAUCUCCUUUCUGGGCUGUGCUCACUUACUUCAUAUUUAUCAUGUUCGGGAUCGCACAACAACUGGCAGUAUGGCACUGCGUCAUCACUGGAAUUAUGGCCAUUAAAACCAAAGUUUUGAAAUCCUGGGAGACGACGAUCACUUUCUUCAGUUGCGCCUGCGGCUUUAUAUUAGGGCUUCCCAUGGUCACCGAGUUGGGCAUUUACGUUGUCUACUUUAUGGAUUACACCAUGGGAAGCAUCUGGUGGCUUACAAUAGUGGUUCUGCUUCAAAUCGUAGCAGUAUUUAUGGUGCGAGGACGACCAUACAGUGGAGAUACCGUUGUAGCUACGCUUUUUAACCAGCACAGCUAUAACUGUUUAUUUGGUUGGGCGCCAGCAUUGUUGUCAUUUACUUGGAACGUCAUCCUUCCCGUUGCUCUUAUGGUGUUGUGCAUUACUACGUUCAAAAAUGGCAGUUUUCGAGAUAUGUUCAUAUGGCAUCACGCACCUUUUUCGGAUUAUUGGCCCUUGUGGGCUCGUCAGAUCGGAUCCAUGAUGCAACUCUUGCCAGUUCUUUGUGUGCCAUUAGUAGCUGUCAUUCAGAGUUAUCGAUACUUGAACAAUGGUCCAUCUGAUAUACUCGAUAGAAUACAGUUACUGUAUCGACCACCAAUCGGAGAACAUAUGGAAGAUCCUCCCGCCACCAAUCCCGCAACCGGAAACAGCAACAACGCUUCCAAUCCUGCUUCAGAAGACCCACCACCCAAAUACACACCACCGCCCAGUUACACCACCGCUACCGGUGCCCGGUUAGCUAAAUUUCUACGCCAAAGCAUCAGACGAAGCAUGAGGCGAAUAGCGAAUGUUUUAGGUGAGGUUGGUGUAGCUGGACCAUCCAGGACCAGACCUUCAGUCAUUGAAAGCUUAGAACCACCACCUCCAGACUACAACAGCGUCUUUGUGGAGAUGAAUAAUACUACAACUAGUAGUCCUGCUCGCAUCUCUACCCUUGAACGUCUUAGGAACUUGCAAUCGUCACCCAAUGCUCUAACAGCGGCCGAAGUAGCUUCGAUUCUGAGGAGUAGCUUCAGGAGGAACUCGACUAGAACUCCCGAGCACGCCUCUCGUGACGCAACGUUUGCUGAUAAUGGUGUAGCGUCGCUUAGUGCUGAGCAUUUGGUAGAUGCUGCUGCUCCAAUUGGAGAGACUUCGCUUGUUCUGAAUAUACAGGAGCCUGAAGAUGAUAGCAAGAUAGAAAGCAACUCGUCUGUGAUAUAAAAAUUUAAUAUUUUAGAGAUUUAGUAACUUAACUUCUGACUGGGUAAAUGAGUAUUAAAGAGUAUGAUAUUGAGGACCUGCACACCAGUAAAUAUUUCAAUUUUUACAUCUUUCAUUAUUGAAUGCAUUUAUAGAAAUAUCUUCUCCAUAUUAUUAUUAAUGUUCGAUAUUGAAUAAAUAAAUAGUAAAUAUUUGAAUUACUUCUGAUGUGCAGGUCUGUUUUGAUUAGGUUUAAGCUUAAAGUGUGUUCUUUACUAUGUAAAGGUAGAAUAUAACUGCCAUUGCAUAAUUUUGUUUGCAAUAUUUAGUUUUGAAUGCGCUGUAACUUAUUUGAGAAGCUUAUUUAUUUAAUGAGUUUAUAGUUUUUGUUUUGUAUUCGAUGUAAGCCAGAUUCUAACCGUGUAUUAUGAUCUACUGACCGACUUGUACAGAGAUUUGUGAACUGAUUGUAUAUUUGUCAGCGUUAACUUUAACUAUGUGAAAAUAAAAAC